AUGGCAUCCGAUGCCGCGGGAUCUGGAAACUCGGAACCGGACUGGCAGCCAAUGGACAAGUACAUAACGCCAGAUGGGCUCGUGCGGUACGAUUUGUUCCUGGAGGAGGGCCCGGGAGCUCUGGAGCACAACGCCCGGGUCGCUGAGCAGUAUGCCGGGCUGGAUGGCUUCGAGAAGCGCACCAGCAGGGACCUGGCGUUCUACUGCAACGCGUACAACAUGCUGGCGAUGUGCCUGGCGUAUCAGAAGCUGAAGAAGACGGAGGGGAAGUGGAAAGGGCUCACAGGUUUCGUAGACAAGGGGAAGUUCUUCUACCUGCAUUCGGUCACCGUGGCAGGACAGAAGAUGAAUCUUCUCAACUUGGAGAACAAGAUAAUUCGUGCAUACAACGAACCCCGAGUGCAUUUUGCUAUCAACUGCUGCAGCUGGAGCUGCCCAAGACUGCCACAGGAGCUGUUCCAUGCUGACACCUUUUCAGAGCAGCUCGACAGCGCUACUAGCAGGUUCAUCAAUGUCCAGGGGGGCGCUGUUGUGAAUGGCAAGGCCGUGUCUAUGAGCAAGAUAUUCAAGUGGUACAAGGGUGACUUUGAUACACAUGGUGGUGGAAUCAUCAAUUUCAUCAACAAGUACAAGAAGGGAGACAAUGUGCCACAAGACGCCUCAAUAUCGUGGCAAGACUAUGAUUGGAGCAUCAACUGGACAAAGAACCCCAAAGCACAAGAGUCAGUGUAA